CGCGUAGUGACGAAGAUAUUCGCGGGUCAGUCAGAUCGAAAAUAUACCUUCUAUAAGAAGAUCUACCUUUUAAAAGUCAAGCAAGUGGUGUAUGGGUUUAAACAAGAAUUUCGUACAAAUGCAUAUUGUUUGUUAAUGUAUACAAAAGUUUUUCAGUAAAACAUAUUGCUUCAAAGUGUCUUCGUCACUACAAUACCUUUUGUAGUUAAUUUAAAAACAAAGGUAAACAGAAUGGAUGAUUUCGACGACGAUUCCUUUAACGAUGUUUUGGGCUCCAUGGAAAUGCCCUCAACGGCGAAGCAGCCCAAAGUAGUUCCGCCACUGUCUUCCACAGGGGCUCCCAGUAGCAGCACAUCCAGUUCCGCAAUUCCCAAUUCGGCGCCCGCCAAGACCGCUUCUAGCGCGCACAGCGUUCUCGUACACAGCAAACAGCGGGGCAAUCCGAUCCUGAAAUCUAUCCUUAAUGUACCAUUGGAAUUCCGAGACGACAUCGUGCCGGAUUAUGUUGUCGGUCGGACGUCCUGCGUCCUUUACCUAUCCCUGAAAUACCACAAUCUCAAUCCGGACUACAUCUGCCAGCGUCUAAAGACUUUAGGAAAGAUGUACGAGCUACGAGUUCUCCUGGUCCAGGUGGACACACCGGAACCACACAAUGCUCUUAAGAGUUUGACCAGGAUCUCACUGUUGGCCGAUUUGACCAUGAUGUUGGCAUGGAACGCCGAGGAGGCGGGCAAAAUUAUUGAGACCUACAAACAGUUCGAGAAGCGACCGCCAGAUUUAAUUAUGGAACGAGUAGAGUCAAACCCGCAUCAGAAGCUUGUGGCUGCUCUUACUAACAUAAAACCAGUUAACAAAACGGAUGCCGUCACCCUGCUGCAAACCUUUGGCAAUUUGGGCAACAUAAUCACAGCCAGCGAGGAGCGACUCUCUCAGGUGAUGGGACUAGGUCCACGGAAGGCCAAAAAGCUUUACAAAACCUUGCAAGAGCCUUUCCUCAGCAAAUAAUUUCUAUU